AUGAGUGCAUAAUAAAGAAGAAUAUAGGAAUAAAUGCUUAAAAUGGGUUAUUAACCUGUUAGAAAAAGCUAAUUUUAAUUAAAACCUAUAUCUAUUGUCAAACAAAUACACACACUUCCAGAUAUUCCAAUUACAUAAAGAUUAGAGGUUACUCAUUAAGGAGCUUCAAAAUUACAAAAAGUUAUUAGUACAUUCAGAGCUUCUAAUGAUAAUAUAAGAAUAACUUGUAAAAGAACUUCAAUCUAACGAAUGUCCAUCAAAGAAAUAAUAAAGAAUUAUGUCAAAUAUCAAAAUAGUUUGUAAGUAUGUCAACUAUUUCAUAGAUAACUUGAUGGUCUGGAUGCACUAAGAAAUCUUAUUAAAAAUGGAGAUUCCAUAAAUAUAAAUAUAAAUAAGGCUUAAAAUAUUGAAUUCUUUAUUGGAACGUUGAGUGAUGGCCAUGGAGAAUUUGGAUCUUAAAUUUCUUCCUUAAUUACAGAAUAUUAUAUAGAUGAGUUAUAAAAAUUAUUCAACUCAAUACCCUUAUUAUAGAUAAGUCUAACCUUAAAAGAUAGUCUAAACAAGAUAUAUUAGCAGAUUGAACAAAAUUUAGUAUAAUUGUGUUUAUAAUAUAAUUUAGAUUGCCCAAACAUUAAUCGAUUACAGACUAAGUGGAGCCUCACUGCUCAGUGUAAUUAUAGUUAAUAAUGUAAUAUAUUGUUCGAAUUUGGGAGAUUCAAAAGCAGCCUACUUUUAUAAAUCAGAAUAGUUAAAUGAUAAUCCAAAAGAAAUAAGAAAAUUUAUUUAAAAAAAUUUAAACUAAAUACAUGACACAAAUAGUGGAAAAGAAGUAGAUAGGAUAAUGAGAAGAGGAGGAAAAAUAGAUUAAGCUAUUUUCAAAGGAUAAAAAGAAGGAAGUUUGAAAAUAUGGGUACCUAAAUAAAAUUAUCCUGGAAUUAAAAUAACAAGAUGCUUUGGGAAUUCAAUAGGUAAAACAAUAGGAAUUACAGCUGACCAUGAUUUUUUAGAAUUUAAAAUUCCAAAAUCAGGGUAUCUUCUUAUGGCAAGUACAGGAUUAUGGGAGAAAUUGGAUAUUUUAUUAAUUGAAUAAAUCUUAGAUAAUUAUUACCCUCCUUAAUCUUGGGCUGAUUUAGAUAAGGCCACAAAAUAACUUGGGAAUGAAACAAAAAAAUUCUGGGAUGUUGAUGGAUAAGGAUCUGUAGACAUUUCUUUAAGCUUAGUUUACAUAUCUUUAGAAAAAUGA